AUGGACGCGUCGCCUUCAUCUCCUCCCUCUUCUUCCCCUCCUUCUUCCUCCUCCUCGUCUCACCGGUUCUUUUCGGCUGCAGACGCAGAAAAGCAGGGAAGGAGCGCGGGCGACGGCGCUUCGUGCGAGUCUUCUGCAACUCGUGGGCGGGGAGACGCUCUCAGAGCGCGAGGCGCAUCAAGAGGAAACCGGGAAGACCGACGAGCAAGUCAUCGGGAUGUGAAGGCUUACUCCGCGCAGCUCUCCUCUUCCUCCUCGGCUCCCUACCCGCGAGCCUCGCGAAGCCUCAAUGCGCCGACGAGACACCGAGUCCCUUUGGUCUCCGUGCCCUUUACAACCUACAGCGCCUCGCGAACGCGCGUCAAGCUCGAGUGCGUACUCUGGAUCGCCGAGACGUUCGCCACCUCUGCGCGCACGAUGCCAGCGCCCUCCUCCUCCCCCCCCAGCGAAUGUCCCGCUGAGCGGCCUACGGCGGGCGCUGCGGCGGGCGCUGAGAGGGACACAGACGAGGCGGCGAAGGCGCGCGAGCCUCCGCGAGCGCUGCCGAGCGACGACGGCGACCUGGAGACGCUGAAGGGCCUCAAGGUCGGACGCUUCCCCAUGGCUGUCUUGGUGCACCAGUACUCGCUCAUGGGAGGCAGCAGAGAACUCGUCCAAGGCAAGGCGCGCAUUCUGGCGAGCCGUGGCGUCCCGGCCGUCGCCUUCGACCUACGCGGCGUCGGCGGUUCUGAAGGACGAGCCACAUUCACAGGGGGAGAUGAGGUUCAGGACACAGUCGCGGUCUGCCGUUGGGCGGUGGAGCACCUCAGCGCCGAAAACAUUUUCCUCAUUGGCACGUCUGCAGGCGCUCCCAUCAGCGGCAGCGCAGUGCCCCUGGUGCCGGAGGUGAAGGGCUGGGUGGGGAUUGGCUACACAUUCGGAUUCCUCUCUUCGAUUCUCUUCAGCCACCACUACAAGAACAUUCUGGAGAGCGACAGGCCGAAGCUGUUCCUUCACGCGGGCGCAGACGGGUUCACCUCUACUUCGACGUUCAAGAGUUAUUUCAAAAAAGCGAAGGACCCAAAGGAGCAGCUGAUCAUCGACGGCGUCGGGCACUUUGAGUUGGAGGGUCCGAGCUACGAUCAGGUUCUCUGCGGCGCCAUUUGCGCGUUCAUCGAAAAGUACUCUGCGACACCGCCAGUUCUUCUCCGAUGGUGA